AUGUUUGGUGGUGGUUCCAACUCCGGGUCUAAAGGCGAACCUGAUUCCUCUAAGACUGAGAACAAGUCCCCUUCGCGCGAGGCGAGCCCUGGUGCGAACCCAAUCAAGGCGACAAACCAAACUACUAGUGGCGAGAAGCGCAGUGGUAAUGGAAGCCCCCCUGGCAGGAGUGACAAUGGGCCCUCAACGGAUAAGAAGCGCAGGAGUAGUGGUGUUGGAGGCAAGGCUAGCAGCCUCUUGGCCUCAGCUAAGAAUAGCUUGAGCUUCAACCAAGGCCGAAGCAACUCUGGUUCGGAGGCCCAAGGUCCUAUCCAGAAGCUGGGGAAACAAGACCCUGCUUUGGCUGUUCCGCAGGGCCAGCAUAAUAACUCUGCAGGGGAAUCGCUCCCUGGACCCAGAUCUACCUUUCGUGUCGGCGUCUGGGAAGACAGGAAUAAGAAAUGUCGCCGUACGAUGGAGGACACGCACGCCUUUUUAUACAACUUUCUACCUACCCCGGCCCCUGCCACUGAUGCGCAGGACAAAGAGAAGGGUGACGAAACAGAAACUUCUCAGAAUGACGCUGUUGAGACCGAUAAUGGCUACUUCGCUAUUUUCGAUGGCCAUGCUGGUACCUUUGCAGCAGACUGGUGUGGAAAGAAGUUACAUAUUAUUCUCGAGGAUAUCAUUAGAAAACACCCGAAUGCGCCUAUCCCUGAACUCUUAGAUCAGGCAUUUACAUCGGCUGAUGCCCAGCUAGAGAAGCUUCCAGUUAAGAACAGCGGCUGCACAGCUGCCAUUGCUGUCCUGCGCUGGGAAGAUCGGGUCCCAAGUGAUAGGUCCGCAACUGGGUCCCAGUCCAUAGCACCGGCAGCUGCGGCUGUUACUAAAGCCGCCAAAGCCGAUGACCCAUCUGCUUCCGAGAAGGACCAAGAGCAAGCUGCAGCGGACAUUCUGACAGCUACAUCGUCUGAAUCGGCCCAUGCCAAGUUAAAGGGAACCGCCAGCCGUCAGCGUGUUCUCUACACAGCCAACGUGGGAGAUGCGCGAAUCAUCCUAUGUCGCGCUGGUCGAGCCCUUCGCUUGUCGUACGACCACAAAGGCAGUGACGAGAACGAGGGCCGACGCAUCGCGAAUGCUGGAGGAUUAAUUUUGAAUAACCGUGUGAAUGGAGUCUUGGCAGUCACACGAGCUCUGGGCGACACCUAUAUGAAGGAUCUUGUCACGGGCCACCCCUACACGACAGAGACGGUGAUUCAACCUGACAGCGACGAGUUUAUCAUCAUAGCUUGUGACGGACUCUGGGAUGUUUGCAGUGACCAGGAAGCCGUUGACUUGGUGCGAAACAUCGACGAUCCCGUCACUGCAUCCCAGCUUCUGGUUGAUCAUGCUUUGAGCCGUUUCAGUACCGACAAUCUGUCCUGCAUGAUUGUGCGACUCAACAAGGAGGCGCUUGUGCAUACCCAGCAGAGCAAGGAUUUGGGAGUCGAGACAGAGAAUGCCCCGACUAGAGCUACUGAAGCGGACAAGAUUGUUGAAGAUACGAAGCAGAAGAUUGCUGAUGGGACUUCACCGGCCGUUGGCGUUUCUGCCAGCAAUAGCGGGCGUGGUUACGAUCCGACAACAAACGAGGAUGGCGAGUUUAUACCUACCACACUGGACGGUACCGUGUUGGAGGAGGAGCCGGAAGCCAUUUCGGAUACUGAGAGCCCCGAACCUAAACCGAAGGUGGAGCAGAUUGAAUCGGAAACAGAGACAGUGAAGGCGGAGGCCGACAAGUCCAAGUCCUGA